UGUUAUGAAUAAAUAAAAGUAGAUUUUUUUGGUUGAAAACGUAAAAAUGUAAAUAAAUUGGAAUGUUAUGAUUUAGAAAACCCAAUUUAAAAAAUAGAGAAACACACAUAUACAAUGAGAAAACAAAGAAUCAUGUAAUGGAAAUUAAGGAUAAGAUAUGAGAUGUCAAAUUGCAAUAAUGGAGCAAUACUUUUCUCAACUUUUUCAAAAAAAAAAAAGUAUCAAAACUUUGAAAUAGUUAACAAACUCUAACAACCAAAAAAUGUGAUGACUAUAUAACAAUUUACAAUGGAAAAAAAAGGUAUAUAGUUAUGAGAGAUAAGACCGAAGGAGGACAAAAAGAUAUUUUAAAAAUACAAAAGGAAUAAUAAAAGAGAAGAGCCAAGGAGAGUUCCUUGAAGCCAACGCAUCUUACGCUCGGAGUUUAGGUUCGGAAUUAGGUUCGAUUUUAAAAACCAAAACAAUCUUAGGCUCAGAUGUUAGGUUCGGUUAGUCGGCAUAGGGAGUAGAAUAAGGAGGAAUCUUUCUCUUUCUCCUCUUCUUCUCUCUAAAACCCACUCUGCAAGAAACCCAUCUCUCUCUCUCGCUUUCUUAAACCCUUUCUCGCAUUCUCUCUCUAGAACCCCUUUUACUCAGAAAAGUCUACUCUUUUACCGCAUUCCGACAAUGGCCAUUGAAGACCACGAGAACCCAAAUCGAGAAAUCAAUCCUAAGAACAGAACAGUCAUGGGAGGUGGUGGUGGAGAGGAGGAAGAAGGGAAGUGGUGGCCUUCAUGGCUGAAACCUUUACUUAAAGAACCCUUUUUUGUUCAAUGCAACUUCCAUGGACACUCACCUAAGAGCGAAUGCAACAUGUAUUGUUUGGACUGCACUAACGGCUCCCUCUGCUCUCUCUGUCUUGCCCAUCACAAGGAUCAUCGUACCAUUCAGAUAAGGAGAUCAUCUUAUCAUGAUGUGAUAAGAGUAAGUGAGAUUCAGAAUCAUUUAGACAUCUUCAGCAUUCAGACGUAUGUGAUCAACAGCGCAAAGGUUGUGUUUUUGAAUGAGAGGCCUCAGCCUCAGCCUAGACCUGCUAAAGGAGUUACCAACGCCUGCAACGUCUGUUAUCGUGGCCUUGUCGAUGAUUGCUUCCGCUUCUGCUCUCUUGGCUGCAAGGUAGCAGGAACUUCUAGAAGCUUUAGGAAGAGAGUGAAGAAUGCAGAAAUGGAAUCAGAAAAUUCAAGCAACAGUUCAGGAGUAGAGGAUAACAUUCCAAAUCCACAGAGUUUGACCCCAUCAACACCUCAACUUCCUAGUUCUACUUCUUUGAGAAAAAGACCAAGGAAGGGAAUCCCUUACCAAUCUCCACUGCAAUGAGGUUUGGUCGCAAAGAAGAGGAAGGUUGUGUUAGACUUCAAGGUUUCUUGUCACAUACAAAUAUCCUCAAAAAGAAGGGUAUAAAGCUCAAUAUAAAAGGUUACCAAAGAAGGGACUUAGUUUUGUGUGCUAUGAAGUAGUCAAAUAACUAGUAAGUGUAUAUAUAUAUGGCCAUCUUUUUGUAUAUUCUUAUGCCAUUGAGGCAUGGGGGGGGGGUUUUAGGGAGUUAAAGUGGGAAUAAGACAUAAUAUUGAGGGCUAUUUAGUAGUUGUUUUUUUGACAAAGUACUUUGUGUAAAUUUAGUUUUGAUUGAUUAUAUAACACAAUAACAAAAGUUAUAUAUUUUGUUUUUGAAAUGA